AUGCGUAUUCUUGAAACACGGUUUGCCAAUACCCGCAAGAACAAAGGUGAAGACUCUAGACCCAAAGUAGUGGUAACGGUUAAUGAUAAUAGUGAUGAUGGUAGCGAUGACAGUGGUGCUGCGGGGACUGAGAUUAACAUCCACGAGCAAGAGAGCACUCACAUACAAGUGGCAUGGAUGAGGACCUUGAUGAAGGCCAAUACUAUAGUCAUGAUGAAGACACAUAUCCGGACUUCGGCACUAACUUGGAGGAGCUCGAUGCCUCAAAUACACCUCCUGUUUUGGCUAGUGAUCAUGGACAGCAUGUUGACAUUGAAUUGUUCAUACUUUGUUUUUCUCCUGCAAGUCGUGCCCACCAUUGAGGACACGAUAGGUGCCUCAUCGGAGGCUGGUUUUGCCUUUCCCACUACUGUUGCUGAUGCUGUCCUAAGCCUUCCGGCAGUGCAGCCUCCUUCUUCUCCUAACCUGUGCACUCUUGACAUGGCUGCCGACGCCUCUCCGCUACUUCUAGCAGUUCCUCCUCCUAUUUCUCCAAUCCCGAGCGCACCUGACAUAGCUGCCGGCACCUCUCCGGCACUUCCAGCAGUUCUUCCCCCUACUUCUCCAAUCCCGAGCACUCCUGACAUAACUGCCGGCACCGCUCCACUUCUUUCAGCAGUACUUCCCCCUACUUCUCCAAUCCCGAGCACACCUGACAUAGCUUCCGGCACCGCUCCACUUCUUCCAGCAGUACAUCCCUUUGCUGAGAUUAUUGACAAUAGUCAUAAGAAUGGUGAUGCUUUUAUCGCAGGUUCCUCAAAAGGGCAUUCAUUCGAGAAAGGCAUGUCUUGGCAAGAUUGGGAAAAUUCCUACACGGCAUUCAAAGCCUUUUUUGAUGGUGGUGUCACCAUUCUUAGAUCCAUUGAUGAACUUCUUCCGCUUUGCCACAGAUUCGAUGGUUAUGUGACAUUCCAAGGUGCCCUCGUGUAUCCAGAGACGGUUGAAGCCUUGAAAAGGUUCAUGGACAAAUACGGAAGUUUGAUGGAAGCUACAGAUGUCACCUCCUCUUUCUCAAGGUGCACUGCCCUUCGAGCCCUUGGCUUAGUACUUCACGGGAUGGACACCCUGCAACUCCUUGAUAUUACGAAUCACAAACUACUCUGUUGGCGAGAUGCAAUAUGUGAGGCCAUGAUUCUGGGCUUUCGGGUGGAAUUUCUUCUCAAACUCGUGAAGAACUUAGCACGUGCCGUCUUUGGAGCACGGGCCAUUCGUAGUAUGCAAUUAUCGCAUGACUCUGAUGAAGUAAAAGCUGCUGCAGAUGCCUUGAAUAUUAAACAACAGGAGUUGGAGAACCAGCGCCGGGAGAUGCAUGCCCUCCUUCUUGCUAAGGGUAUUUCUGUUGACAGCGUUGAGUGCGUGACGGAGCAGCGGCCAGAUUAUCUCCUGGGGCUUCCUUUGUUCUUUUCGGACAUUCCCCAUAGCUUAAAGAUUGCCCAUCCUUGGCUUGGUAACCAUUUAGCUUGGCACAUGAUCCUGCUUUCUUUGUAA